AUGGAGAAGGUCAUGGAGAUUGCUUUCCCCUUCGCUCCGCCUCCCAAAAGCCCUUUGGCCCGCUAUAGAUUGCUCUCGCCGACUGCCUCGGUCCGCGUGAGUCCGCUCUGCCUCGGUGGCAUGAGUUUUGGGACUGCAUGGGCAGAAGUCCUUGGAGAGUGCGACCAGGAGCUAUCGGAGAAAAUCCUGGAUUACUUCUAUGAGAAUGGCGGCAACUUCAUCGACACGGCCAAUAAUUACCAGGCCGAGCAGUCAGAGAAGUUGAUUGGGGAGUGGAUGAAGAAGAGAGGCAACCGGGACCAGAUGGUCAUUGCAACAAAAUACACCAACAACUUCAGGGCUGCCAAUGGACACGCCAACUAUCAGAUCACGGCAGGCCUCAUGGGCUGUGGCACCAAGAGUCUGCAUGUGUCCGUCGAGGCGAGCCUCAAGAAACUCCAGACAGAUUACAUUGAUCUGUUGUUUGUGCACUGGUGGGAUCACGCCACUUCCAUCCCUGAGCUGAUGCAGUCUCUCAAUCACCUUGUCGCCAGCGGCAAGGUGCUGUACUUGGGAGCCAGCGAUAUGCCGGCGUGGGUCGUGAGCAAGGCCAACCAAUACGCGCGUGACCACGGACUACGCCAGUUCUGCGUUUACCAAGGGGAGUGGUCCGCUGCUGCCCGCGAUGUAGAGCGCGAGAUCCUUCCCAUGUGCCGCGAGGAAGGAAUGGGCUUCUUGCCGUGGGGCGCUCUCGGCAGCGGCGCUUUCAAGACCGAGGAGCAGCGCAAGCAGGGCGAUGGCCGCCAACUCCCACCCACCGAGGCGCAGAUUAAGAUCAGCAAAGUGCUGGAGGCUAUCGCGCAGCGAAAGGGCACGCUUCUUACCAGUGUCGCUCUCGCAUACGUCAUGCACAAGAUGCCCUAUGUCUUCCCGAUCGUCGGCGGCCGGAAGAUUGAGCAUUUGAAGGGCAACAUCGAAGCGCUCAUGGUGUCGCUGAGCGGCGAGGACAUCGCAGAGAUUGAAGCCGCUGUUCCGUUCGAUUUGGGAUUUCCGCACAACCUCAUUUAUGGCGGCAAAGUCCCGAGCCAUCCGCAGGAUAUCUGGCUCAACUACACGGCUGGCCAGUUUGACCAUGUUCCGCUCACGAAGUCUAUCACACCUGCUUGA